AUGGCGCCUCGAUCACGGCACGCAGUGGACCCCAGUCUCACUGCGCCAGCCCAGCAGGACCAGUGGCAACAGCACCAGCCGGCGCCCCAGCUCAACCCACAGUAUGGGCCUGGGCCGGCGCAGCAGCCGCACCAUGGCCAGCCGCCGCAGACAUUCGCGCCGGCCUUCGCUGGCCAGCAACAGCCAGACCAUGGGCAGCAGUUCCAGCCGGGAUACCAGCCGGGUUACCCUCAGCAGCAGCAGCAGCAUCAGCAGCAGCAGCAGUGGAUCAACCCCGCUGGACCGCAGCUGCACCCCGUGAACGAGCGCCAGGCGGCCCCGUCAGGCCCGUACGCGCCCCAGCAGCCCAGCGGCAACGCCCACCCAACAUCGCAUCCCCGCACGCAGCUCGCGCCGCCAGACCAGCAAGCGGUGCCCAACUACCCGCCCGAGAACCACAUCCCGCCGCCGCCGCACAGCGCCGGCCCGCAGCUCCGCGGGCCGCGGAUCCGCGUCGACCCGAGCCAGAUGCCCGACCCCAUCGAGGCGCAGGAGCUCGACCAGAACCUCUAUGACGAGGAGGACUUCCAGACGUGCGACACGCACGGCUUGAUACCCCUUGCUGUUACCGACUACCGGGGCAUCGACCAGGGCAACUCGCUCCCUCGGCACUUGAGGGCCACGCUCCCGACGAUCCCUUCGACCGCCGCGCUUCUCGACACGACAGGGCUGCCGUUCUCGCUUGUGAUCCAGCCGUUCGCCCAGCUGCGCUACGACGAGGCGCCUAUACCGCUCGUGUCGAACUGGGUCGCGGGGGAGAGCGCUUUCGACGCGCCCCGCGCGCCCAGCGGCGCCGAGGACGAGGGACCACCCAGGUGUGACAAGUGCCGCGCGUACAUCAACCCCUGGGUCCGGUUUACGGACGGAGGUCGCCGAUGGGCGUGUAACCUCUGUGGUGCGGAGACGCCAGUACCGGCAUCCUACUACUCUCACCUGGCGCCGACAGGAACCAGGCUGGACCACCAGGAAAGGCCAGAGCUCCUGCACGGCACUGUUGACUUUGCCGUCCCCCGCGACUACUGGUCGGUCCAGCCUUCUGGAUCGAUCCUCGACGUGCCCGACCACACGGCCGACGCGCUCGCUACGACCGGCGCGGACCUGCUCGGCGCGCUCCAGUCCAGCUUGGGCCAGACCCCGACAAGGGGUAACACGCCUGCGCCGGGCCACAAGGGCGCCGCGAACCACAAGGAGGACCGCCGUCUUCGCCGCCCCGUGCCACUGGGGCGAGUGUUCAUUCUUGAUGUCUCGGCCAGCACCGUGCAGCGUGGUGUCCUUCGCACUGUCUGUGAGGGCAUUUCCAAGGCAUUGUUUGGUUCCAAGCCAGCCGGUGCGGAGGAGACGGAGGGUGAUGAUGUCGAUGAGGAGGUCAUUGGUGCAGGCGAGCGUGUCGGUUUCGUCACGGUAGGCGACAGCGUCGGCUUCUGGAACGUCUCGGCGGCACUGGACGGCCCUCAGCUGCUCGUCGUCCCCGACGUCGACGACAUGUACUGCCCCCUGGCGGGCGGCUUCCUUGUCGACCCAGCCGAGUCUAGAUCACAAGUCGAGGCCCUCCUCACUCUCAUCCCUGACAUGUACGAGAGGCAGCCUGAGGGCACCGCCUGCGCGAUUGGAGCUGCCAUCAAGGGCUCGCUUGAUGGACUGCGCCACAUCGGUGGCCAGAUCAACUUCUUCCUUGGCGGACUGCCCCAGAUCGGCCCUGGAAAGCUCAAGCCUCGCGAUGACAUCAACCUCGCUGGUACGGAGAAGGAGAAGGCACUGUUCCAGCCGGGCGAUGCGUUCUGGCGCAAUGCGGCGGACGAGCUUGCCGAGGCUGGUGUCGGCGUCAACGCGUUUGUGUUCCCCGACAAGGCCAUGGAUCUGGCAUCGGUCGGCGCACUGUCCAUCGUGACUGGCGGCGAGACAUUCUUCCACCCCAGGUUCGAAGUGGUCCGCGACAGAGAGAUAAUCGGCGACGAAAUCAAGCGCGUCGUUGUCCGUGAAACGCCAUACAACGCGACUGUCCGCGUUCGCUGCUCGAACGGUCUGCGCAUCAGCGAGCACACGGGUAACUUCUACCAGCGCUCCAUGACCGACCUCGAGUUUGGCACCCUGGACGAGGCCAAGGCUUUCACUGCCACCAUCCGCCAUGAGGGCCACCGUCUCAACGACCGCGACCUGUCGUACAUCCAGGUCGCGACCCUGUACACCAGCGCGAGUGGUGAACGACGAGUCCGUGUCCUCAACCUGUCGCUCCCUGUCUCGAGCCUCAUUGGCAACGUGUUCCGCUUUGCCGACUUUGACGCGAGCGUCACUACGAUGUACAAGGAGGCUGUUGCGCAGCUGCCCUACAAGGGCCUGCGGGACAUCCGCAAGAUCUUGAUUGAGCGCGCGAACCGCGUUCUCCUGAUGUACAGGAAACACUGCGCACCAGCAGUUCAGGCAGGCCAGCUCAUCCUGCCUGAGGGAUUCAAGCUCUUGCCACUAUACACAUUGUGUAUGAUCAAGUCCAAGCCCCUCAAGGGUGGCAACGUGGUCGCCGACGUCCGCACGCACUACAAGAUUGUGGCCAAGUCUGCGUCCGCCACGGCCAUCAUGAGCCAGCUCUACCCUCGCCUCCUGGCGAUCCACGACCUCAAGGACACGGCAGGCUUCCCUGGACCCAACGGCCGCCUCCGCAUCCCACGGUUCAUGCGCGCAUCGUACCAGUGGAUGGUGGCAGAUGGUGCCUAUUUGCUAGUCAACAGCGAGAUUGCCAUGAUCUGGCUCGGCUCGGCUAUCAACCCAAGGGUCCUCGACGACCUUUACGGUGUCGAGAACUUGGACGAGCUCGACACGCGCAUCACUCAGCUGCCCAAGCUGCCUACGCUGUUGUCGACGCAGGUCCGCAACCUGCUCACGCACCUCGAGCGCAUCAUCGGCCACUCGUUGCCGGUUCUCAUUGUCCGCCAAGACCGUGACGGCCUCGAGCUCGAGUUUGCAAACUCGCUCAUCGAGGACAGCAACAAUGAUGCGUUGAGCUAUGCUGACUUCCUCAUGACGGCGCACCAGGCCAUCACCAACGAGUUGAGCGGCAAGAGCGAUGGGUGGAAGGCGCCUUGGAGUUAGGACGUGAGUUCAGGCUGGCUCUGAUCGCGUAGGUGGUGGGUAGGUGGUAGUACUAGACUAGGAUUUUAUUAUUCUGGGUGAUGCGGCGGCGGUGUCGGCUGCGUUGCAAAGUGGUCGAGGUCACGAAACAGCAUGGUAUGGGGAUAUGCAUUCAGGAUUUAGUUGAA